GGUUCUCUAACUGAUCCCAGAGCAGCUCUGAUAAUCUGCUCUAAUCUGCUAAUCUCCCCCCCCCUCCCAGCUCAGCUUCUCCUCAGUCUGCUCUGACCAGCCAUGAGAGCUGCAGCUCCCGGAGGGUUCCUAGUGCUCCCCUGGACCACCGGCGGCUCGGACCCAGACCUGGACCCGCUGGAGGAGGCCUGGGGGGGGGCGCUGCUCCGGACCGGAGCUCUGCUGGGACUCACUGUGAUCUGCGUUGCCGUGGUGAGGAGGUGGGUCGCAGGGGGCGUGUGCCGCUGCUCCUCUCGUCUCGAUGGCCUCACGGCUCUGAUCACUUGAGCGAACACCGGCAUCGGGAAGGAGACGAGCCGGGAGCUGGCCCGCCGAGGGGCCCGGGUGGUGAUGGCGUGCAGGGACUUGGUCCGGGCCGAGCAGGCCGCCCUGGAGGUCCGGCGCUCCUCGGGGAACCAGAACGUGGUCUCCAGGCAUCUGGACCUCGGGUCGCUCUCCUCCGUCACGCAGUUCGCCAAAGACUUCACGGACAGAGAGGAGCGGCUGGACGUCCUCAUCAACAACGCAGGUGAGCCACCCGUCUGUCUCCACCCGUCUGCCUCCACCCGUCUGUCUCCACCCGUCUGCCUCCACCCGUCUGUCUCCACCCGUCUGUCUCCACCCGUCUGCCUCCACCCGUCUGUCUCCACCCGUCUGUCUCCACCUGUCUGCCUCCACCCGUCUGUCUCCACCCGUCUGCCUCCACCCGUCUGUCUCCACCCGUCUGCCUCCACCCGUCUGUCUCCACCCGUCUGCCUCCACCCGUCUGUCUCCACCCGUCUGCCUCACCCGUCUGCCUCACCCGAUCCCCCCAACACCCAGGGUCCCCCCAACACCCAGGAUCCCCCCAACACCCAGGGUCCCCCAACACCCAGGAUCUCAAGAUCCCCACCCAGGAUCCCCCCAACCAGGAUCCCCCCAGGGUCCCCAACACCCAGGAUCCCCCAACACCCAGGAUCCCCCAACACCCAGGAUCCCCCAACACCCAGGAUCCCCAGGGUCCCCCAACACCCAGGGAUCCCCAACACCCAGGAUCCCCCCAACACCCAGGAUCCCACAACACCCAGGAUCCCCCAACACCCAGGAUCCCCCAACACCCAGGAUCCCCCCAACACCCAGGAUCCCCCAACACCCAGGAUCCCCCCAACACCCAGGGUCCCCCAACACCCAGGAUCCCCCAACACCCAGGAUCCCCCAACACCCAGGGUCCCCCAACACCCAGGAUCCCCCAACACCCAGGAUCCCCCCAACACCCAGGGUCCCCCAACACCCAGGUCAGGCUCCGGCGUGUCGGCCUUCUGUCUCCACCCGGGGGUGAUCCGGACCCAACUGGGUCGCCACGUCGAGGGCUGGUUCCCCCUGCUGGGGGCCCUGCUGAGACUCCCCUCCCUGCUGCUCAUGAAGACCCCCAGGGAGGGCUGCCAGACCACCUUGUACUGCGCCCUGACGCCGGGGCUGGACAGCCAAUCAGGGCGCUACUUCAGUGACUGUGCGGAGAAGGAGGCGGCUCCAGAGGGGCGGGACGACGUGGUGGCCAGGAAGCUGUGGGAGGAGAGCGCCCGAUUGGUCGGAUUGAAGGACACCUGCUGACCUUUGACCUCUGGGAUGGGCUUUAUGUCCCCUUCAUGUUCCCUUAUGUUACUUUAUGUUCCCUAGUUCCCUUCUUCAUGGCUCCUUCAUAUAUAUUUAUAUUUAUCUUCAGUCUAAAUAUUUAAAUUUUCUGUUUGGUUUAUGAUAAGAUUCAGAAACUUAAAGAUCGAAUAAAUAAAUUGUAUUUUUCAGAAUAAAGCAUUUGAUGUGUUCCAUGUAGUCCUUGUUGCGUGAAGACAUGGAACACGUUGAGUGAGUCCAUGCAUCUCGUC